AUUCCACGCGCAUCGAUGAUGUCCAGCGCCGUGACCUGGCAGCAGCCACCGGAUCGACCCGCAUCCGUCGAACGUGGAGCCGGCCACCGAUGUUGAAAUCUCCUCCUCGUUCUUUUUGACCUCAACGUUUCUCAUCGUAACUGGACCCCGUUCAUUCGCGAUAUUCCUUUCUUUCCCCGCAGUCCAAUGGGAGUCCAUUAUUCCGAUCCACCACCGUGUACAAAUAAGGAGGCGGAGGAGGACUCCCUCCCGUCUGCCUCUUUCUGCGGUUCCUCGUGGAAUCCUUCUCCCCUUUCUCUUCAGGCAUGGAGGAUGGUAAUUCCAAGAUAAGUCCUUCGUUGAGAGAUUUCUAUAUCCCGGAUUAUAUGCUAGUGCCAGAGUCAAAAAAAGUUGAUGUCCUAGAAGAGCCGGCUUGUCCUGUGGUUGUUUUCAUCAAUUCAAGAAGUGGUGGCCAACUUGGAGGUGAUCUGAUAAAAACAUACCGUGAGCUUCUAAAUUAUGCUCAGGUUUUUGACUUAGGAGAAGAAGCUCCUGAUAAGGUGCUUCAUAGACUUUAUGGUAACAUUGAAAAGCUUAAAUCUGAGGGAGAUCAUCUUGCUACUCAUAUUGAGAAGACAUUAAGAUUAAUUGUUGCAGGCGGUGAUGGUACAGCAGGUUGGCUUCUUGGCGUAGUCUGUGAUCUUAAACUUGCAAAACCACCUCCAAUUGCUACAGUACCUUUGGGAACUGGAAACAAUCUCCCUUAUUCAUUUGGCUGGGGAAAGAAGAAUCCUUCUACAGAUCAGCAGUCAGUUCUGUCUUUCCUUCAACAAGUUAAAGAAGCAAAAGAGAUGAAAAUUGACAGUUGGCAUAUUGUCAUGCGAAUGAAAGUUCCAAAGGAAGGUUCCUUCGAUCCAAUUCCUCCAUUGGAGUUGCCACACUCUCUACAUGCAUUCCAACGGGUAUCAAGUUCAGACACACUUAAUGUGGAAGGUUAUCACACUUUUCGUGGUGGCUUUUGGAACUACUUUAGCAUGGGAAUGGAUGCCCAUGUGUCAUAUGCAUUUCAUUCUGAGAGGAAGAAGCAUCCAGAAAGAUUCAAGAACCAAUUAACUAAUCAGAGUGCGUACGCAAAAAUUGGGCUUAAACAAGGAUGGUUUCUUGCUUCUCUUUGUCAUCCUUCAUCAAGGAAUAUAGCACAGCUUGCAAACGUCAAGAUCAUGAAAACACCAGGCCAGUGGGUAGAUCUUCAUAUUCCUAGCAGCAUUAGAUCCAUUGUUUGUCUCAACUUACCCAGUUUUUCUGGAGGACUUAAUCCAUGGGGGACUCCUAAUCAGAAGAAAGCACGAUAUAGGGAUCUUACUCGGCCAUUUGUUGAUGAUGGCUUGCUUGAGGUUGUGGGUUUCCGAGAUGCAUGGCAUGGGCUUGUUUUGCUUGCUCCCAAGGGGCAUGGGACUCGUCUUGCACAGGCACGUAGAAUUCGUUUCGAAUUCCACAAGGGUGCAACAGAUCAUACAUUUAUGCGAAUUGAUGGAGAACCAUGGAAGCAGCCUUUGCCUGUGGAUGAUGAUGCGGUUGUGGUGGAGAUAUCUCAUUUAGGUCAGGUUGAUAUGCUUACUACUAAAAACUGCAUUUCAAGGAGUAUCAGUGACCCCUCAACGCCAUCAAAAUGGAGCCACAACGGGGACGAGGAUAGUGAGGAUUCCGAGGAUGAAUGGGAAGGAGGGAGGAGCAAGUUUGGUGCAGCAGCAACAUUCAAGAUUUCUGAGGAGAUUGACAUCGCUCAUCUGAGCUAAGUUCUAUCUCUACCUGCUUCUGUAACUACUGGUUUAAAAUUGCAAUUUGUAAUUGUUCGAACUUGUAUUCAUUAUUAUUGACAUGUUAUAAUAA